AUGAAUAGCGAUCCUCCUCCAAAGAGUAAUAAGUCGUUGAAGAGAAAACGGAGGUUGAUCCGGAAGAAGAAGAAGGCAGCCGCUGCUAAAGAAAACGAUAGUUUGAACUGUAACAUUGUUUGUGAGUUUGAAAACUCUACCACAGAAGAUAGCUCAAAGGCUUCGCCAAUUCCUUCCAUUGGAAAAUCUGUUGGAUGUUUGAAGAAGAAGCUUCUUAUUCUUGAUAUUAACGGGAUUCUUGCUGACAUAGUUUCACAUCCUUUCCCAAAGAAAAUAAAAAGAGAUGCAAUGAUAGCGAAGAAAGCAUUAUUCAAGAGGCCUUUUUGUAGUGAGUUUCUCAACUUUUGCUUCGAGAAAUUUGACGUGGCUGUCUGGUCUUCAAGAUUGGAGAAAAAUGUCAACAAUAUCAUUGAUCAUUUGUUGGGAAACAUGAGUCAGAGGUUGAUUUUCUGUUGGAACAUUUCACAAUGUACUACGACAAAUAUCAACACUCUCGGCAACGAUCGCAAACUAGUUGUUUUUAAGGAUCUGAGGAGAAUUUGGGAUAAGUAUUACCCUGAUCUUCCUUGGGAGAAGGGAUACUACAACGAAUCAAAUACACUGCUUUUAGACGACUCUCCCUACAAGGGUUUACUCAAUCCUCCACACAAUUCAAUAUAUCCGCCAACGUUCAAUUGUCGACAACUUAAUGACACGUCACUAGGUGUUGGAGGCCGUCUACGAAAAUAUCUAGAGCGAUUAGCGAAUGCUGAAAACGUGUCGAAGUUCGUAGAGCAGAAUCCAUUUGGUCAAAAACGAAUCAGUGAGACAAGUGAAUCUUGGAGCUUCUACCGAGAUAUACUUCAUUCGCUAAAACCUAAAAAUUGA